AUGAACAAAAUCACGUAUUAGUCAACAAUAUGGACUCAAUAUAAACGUCAAGAAAACAAAGCUUAUGACAAUUAUCAAGAAAAGGAUAACAGAAGAUCAACUCUACGUCAACCAAUACCUUGUAGAAAGAGUGACUCACUACAACUACCUCGGCACCAUAAUAAAUGAAGAAUGGACCAACAACCAGGAGAUUAGAGCACGCAUCGAAAAAGCUAGAUACUCCUUUAAUCGGAUGGGGGCCUUUUUCAAGAGUCACAACCUCUUCAUUGAUACAAAAGUAAGAAUGCUGCGAAGCUACGUCUUCUCCGCCAUUUUUUAUGGUAUUAAAUCUUGGACCUUGAACAAAGAUAUGUGUAGAAAACUGGAAGCAUUUGUGAUGUGGCUAUAUCGGAGAAUACUUAAGAUCCCUUACGAUUCUUCGGACGUAUUAUGCGAAACGAAUCCAGAUAUGCUCACCUUCAAGCCAUCCUACAAGGAAAAAUAUUUGAAAAAGAAGGUCCAGGAAGAAGAAUAACAUCUUGGUUAAAGAACCUCAGAAUCUGGUUCAAUACAACAUCUGUGCAUCUUUUUCGCGCUGUUGCAGAUAAGAUAAAAAUUGCCAUGAUGAUCGCCAACAUUCGUAAGGGAUAGGCACAU